AUGUGUUCACUUGCGGGGAUAGACGAAAUCAACACCAUUGAUAUAUUUAAUGAAUCAUCGGUGAUACAUAAAGUGGGAAAAGCUUGGACAGGAACAGCUUUUAAAUACACAAAAUGGGCAGCGUUUAUAGGUUGCGGAAGCAGAUAUUCAUCCUUUGGUUCUGGGAGAAGUAUCCAAACAAAUGAAGAUUGUUUACAAUAUUGUUCUGGUUAUUCAUCCUCUUUAUACUUUGUUAUCAAGAGUUCCAUAUGCAGUUGUUUGUCUGACAAACCUGAAACUUAUGAUGACAUCAAUGACUGUCGAGCGAUAUGUACAAACUCUUCCAACACACCAUGUCGUUAUGGAAAUUCAGCUUUAGUGUUUGCAUUUGUUGAAGGGGAGUUAACAAGAAAAACAUGGUAUGAUUACCAAGAGGACUGUUUGAAACAAGGACACUUUGUACUGUAUAACAGAGAUAUUCUCAGUAGCCUCACUCCAUCAAAUGAAAUAUACUGGACUCCAGUUUUUAGGUCCCAUACCUUGUCGUCUGAAAUUGCUAAAGGGAAAGAUUUUUGUAUGGCAUUGCCAAAUGCUGAGCCCAGACAUUUCACAAUAGAAAAUUGUUCAUCUCAUUUGCCUUUUCUGUGUACAAAAUCAAAAAGACCAAAGAAUGCCAGUGAAUCGGACAUAAAGCACCUUUAUGAGAUGGCAAUUCUUACAUCAGUAAUAAUAGCAGCUGCUUUGAUAAUCAUUUUAUUGAUAUUUCUGAUGAUAAUGAUCAGCUCUAGAGCAUUUAGAAGGUAAGUUCAG